AUGUCUCCAGACUCAGCAUUACUUGCUAUCGCUAUACUAGUAGCGGGUUAUUGCCUCAUAAUCACCCACGUGGACCCGAACCCUCAUCUAGCCAAGAAAGAUCGCAACCGGGUAGAUCGGGUUAGAUUCCUCACAGGAAGGGCUUUGCCUGUCUUCAGCCAAGUAUGCACCGUUGUCGCGAUCUACCACGCGCUCCUUACCAUGAUUACUCGGUACACUCCUAAUCGAGUGUCACAAAUAUGCCCUCUGGCUCAUAACAUCAAACCCGAACUUUUUGCGUGGAAUAUGGCGUCUGUCGUUCCCCUCCUCCUCAUCUACGUUGGCACAUAUAUACGAAUAUCGGCAUACGGUGGACUUGGCAAACUCUUCACGCUGCACUUAGUACCACCUGAUCAUCUGGUGACAACAGGAAUCUAUAGGUGGAUCCAACAUCCUAGCUACACAGGAAUAGGGAUGAUAUGGUGGGGAUGCUUUGCAUUGUUUCUUCGCUGGGAUGCGACCCCCGCUUGUUGGAUUCCAACGUUAGCAUUGUCCCAAUGUUAUGGCUGGGGUGCUAGCAUUCUUACGGCUAUUGCCGGGUCUGUGGUCUGGUUCUUUGGCGGGAGGGUGCUCGAUGAAGAACUAAUGCUGCAAAGGAAGUUUGGGCAACAGUGGGAGCAGUGGCAUCGCUCAACAAAGAGAUUGAUCCCGGGUCUAUUUUGA